UUAUUGACCAAGCGUUUGAAUAUUGGAAAAUCAUUGAAAAAGAAGGAAUGCAAAUUGACGUUUGUGAGUGGUUAGCUACUGUGGGUGCUGAUAUCGUUUCAACAACUGCAACCGGACAAAGUAUGGCAGCAACAACUAAAUUAUUUAAUUCAUUAAAUAUUGAGAAUAAAAAAUCUUUACAAGGAAUUUGGGAAAAUGGCGUUAAAUUCUGUCAAUCAACUCAUUUGUAUAAUAAAUCAGUGGCAUUUAUGAUGUUAAUUCCAGCCAAGUUUCGAAGGAAUCUCCCAUUUAUUAACAAUAUUAAUAAAAAAUAUUUGGAUAAUAGGGAUUGGAUAUAUGAUGAAUUGGACAGAAUCGUUUCCGAAAAGCAAAAAGAAAUUGAAAAUACACCUUUUAGUCAGCCUCUUGAGCUAAAUAUUUUAACUUUAUUACUUACAACAAAUACGGAAAGAGAUUUGGACAAAAUUUCU